GGAAAAAGGCCACCGAGGCAAACGAGCGACGCGAUCUCUUCGCGUCCAGCUCAGCGAGAGCUUUUCCCGCCAGAUCCGCGGGCGCCAUCGCCGACCCCCUCGACCAUUUCCCAGCUGUCAAUCUGGCGGCUCUUCAGCCCAAGCCCUACGGCGAAGCAUCUGCUGCGGCCGCAAUGGCCCAGCCCAAUGCAGAGCCCGUCGAGGAAUAUGACUAUGAAUCGCUACCUCCCAACUUCUCCCUCGUGCAGAACAUGGCUGCCGGGGCGUUCGCCGGCAUAGCGGAGCAUACUGUCAUGUAUCCCAUUGACGCCAUCAAGACCCGAAUGCAGGUCCUCAAUCCCAACCCCUCAGCCGUGUACAACGGCGUCAUUCAAGGCACCUACCGCAUAGCCAGCCGCGAGGGCUUUCUAAGCUUGUGGAGGGGUAUGUCCAGUGUUGUUGCCGGCGCUGGUCCUGCUCAUGCUGUUUACUUUGCUACCUACGAGGCUGUCAAGCAUGUUAUGGGUGGCAACCAGGCCGGUGUUCACCAUCCCUUGGCUGCCGCGACCAGCGGUGCUUGCGCUACGAUUGCUAGCGAUGCGCUGAUGAACCCCUUCGAUGUCAUCAAGCAGCGCAUGCAGAUUCAAGGCUCGGCCAAGAUGUACCGUUCCAUGACCGAUUGUGCCAAAUACGUCUAUAAGACGGAAGGGCUGGCGGCUUUCUACGUUUCUUACCCGACCACUCUCUCGAUGACGGUGCCCUUCACCGCUCUUCAGUUCCUCGCAUACGAGUCUAUAUCCACGACCAUGAAUCCGAGCAAGGAUUAUGAUCCCACAACACAUUGUUUGGCUGGCGGUGUUGCUGGCGGGUUUGCCGCCGCCUUGACUACACCUAUGGACGUUAUCAAGACCAUGCUUCAGACUCGAGGAACGGCUAAUGACCCGGCACUGAGAAACGUGAAUGGGUUCAUAGCCGGCUGCCGGUUACUGUACGAGCGUGAGGGUUUCCGUGGGUUCUUCAAGGGUGUGCGCCCUCGUGUUGUUACCACCAUGCCCAGCACUGCCAUAUGCUGGUCCGCCUACGAGGCUUGCAAAGCCUACUUCAUCGCGCGAAAUGACAACCCGAGUCCUUGAAAUGGCUCGCCGCUGUGCACAUAGAAAGGGACUUCCCUGACGAUUUGAUCACCGAUUAGAAUGGUCGUGUAAAAUUUUAGAAGGCUGAGUCGAGCGGGGUAGUUGACCACUAGGGAAGUGGCUUUCCAGUAAAGAAGCUCAGAAGAGGCACGGCAAA